AUGGCUUGUUUUUUCAGGACCGUUGACAACGGAAUCAAAUUGUCAUCACUUGUGUCUAUCCCUGAUGUCACUGACGUCCCUGCUAUGAACAAGAUCACGUCCAACGAGCUUAAUCGGCUGGUCACUCACGAGGAUACACCAAAGGCCUCACAACCGAUACUAGGACACUUACUCACCCAAAUCUUCCAGUCUUUCACAAUUCCUCUUCCCGAUGUGUCCAACCUUAAAAUACCUUUUGGAAAAAUCCUUCAUCACAACCAGCGCAUCAACGAAAAGUUUAGCAGUACAUCACCAGAUACCCUAUUGACCCCCCCAGAAAAUGGUAGUACUCCAGCUGGGGUUGACUCGGGGUCAGACUCGGAGGACAACGCCACACAGGAAACAACUCAUGAAGAAAAUUUUGCAGCGUUUCUCAAUGCUUUUGCUAGUUGCUUGUCACGGUCGCAGUCCGAACUUGUAGCAAUGCGCUUUGCAACCGGCACAUGGAGUGCGGCCAAUGCACAGAAGGCAUUGCCUGGCAGCGCCAUCAAGCGCAAGCCAGAUAUUGUCCUAUCCGACGAUAUAUCUGCCAAGUGGGGAAACAUCAGGGUAUCAGCAGAACUCACGCACAGUCGAUACCAGCCUGCGAUGCGACUCGGGAAGGCCGCGGAUACCCAUGCCUAUAUUAUGAUGAGUGAACAGCCCUGGAGGCGCUUCGCUCUCAUAUUAUCAUUCACAAAUAAAUAUCGCCACCUUAGGGUCUUGAUGUAUGACCACUCAGGUGGUGCUGUAUCCCCUCGCUUCGAUAUUUACACGCAACCCAACGCAUUUCUACACAUCAUCGCUGCUAUCAUGUUUGGGAGUUUAGAGUGCGUCGGUUAUGACACAACAGUUUCCUUCUCGAGGAUUGUUUCACCACCCCGAUCCAAAGAUAUCCACGGCUAUCAUCCCAUCAGAAAUACUCCUGCCCAACGGAGUAGUACGACAGACCAUGCUGUUACCACAUCGAGCUCUGAUUCUCUUCCAAAUCCUGAUGUAUCAUCCGGCGAAGCUCUUGAAUCGGUCGUCUCCGAUGAUUCUGAUGAGUCCUCUAGUGAUUCUGCUCACGACUCAACUGAAGAGAGUCCGAGCGCCUUGCAUGACUCGAUGGAUGAAGAGAAUUCCUCCCCCCCUCAACCCACUGCAACCCGCAGCGCUCCCCUUCUUAGCCUCAUAUCGCAAAUACCCCAGGCUGAGAUGACCGAGAGCAUCUAUUCCGUCACCCCUCUCCCUUCCCAAUUCCCUUAUUCUACUCAAUCACCCGAACCUUGCGGCAAGAUUCGUGUAGGGGAGAAAAUCUACACCAUAAAGAGGAUUCUUUUGCGACCCGAGGCCUCGUUGGUCGCAGAACCCCAUGUGGUCGCCCCCCUUCACAUGUUCCGAACGCUUAAGGAGUUCGUGCGAGCACUAAGAGAUAUCGUUAAGAUCCUACAAACUGCAGUGGAGGAACAUCAGAUUUUGCAUCGGGACUGUAGUCUUAACAACACGAUGAUCCUAGACGAGCUUGGCAGUAGUGAAGGGUUUCUUAUUGACUGGGAGGGACCUCAUCCCCUCGCAACCGAGUGGCGUAAAGCUCUGGCGGACAACAUGAUUCACCCCGUCACCUUCAGUACCAUUCUUGGUAUACUCAACUCGCAUCUUAACAAGCUUCCCGACGAUGAGGAGCUCGCAACUACUGUGAAUAUGCUCAAGAAUGAUGCUGCCGUUCUCGCGGAUCGUUUCAAGGGGAAACAGCUUGCUUCAGAGUCUUUCUCUGUUGUGGAGCCUAAGCGACAGAAGUCCCAUCAUACUGGAGACACUGAGUCUGAUUCAGCAUCGGGCAGUGACGCAUGA